AUGGGAAAUAUGAUAAAGAAGGCAUCUAUAAUGGCUCUCCUACCACUGCUUGCUGCUGCUGCUACUGCUGCUACUGCUGCUGCCGAUGCAGAUACGUCUAUGGAACCUGAGACUUCUUCGCAUCUAAAAUCUUUUUUAAUGUCUAUUACUAUGAUUGGGCUUUCUGAAAUUGGUGACAAAACUUUCUUGAUUGCGGCCUUGAUGGCUAUGCGUCAUAAAAGACUUUUGGUAUUUUCAGCAGCAGCUAGCUCCCUUGCUAUUAUGACCGUUCUUUCUGGUGUGGUGGGUCACUCAGUGGUUGCCUUUCUUUCUGAACGCUAUACUGCAUUUUUUGCUGGUAUUUUAUUCUUGGUGUUCGGUUACAAAUUGACUAUGGAAGGUUUGGAGAUGUCUAAGGAUGCAGGCGUCGAAGAAGAAAUGGCUGAAGUGGAGGAAGAAAUUGCCAUUAGAGAUAUCAACAAGGACAUGGACGAUGUUGAGAAAGGUGGCGAGACUGCUUAUGAUAAACAGCUGAAGAACGUUCCGAGUGGUAGAAAAAUAGUGCACAGAAUUCGUGAAUUAGCAUCGUUUAUGUUUUCCCCAGUUUGGGUUCAAAUUUUCCUAAUGGUUUUCCUAGGAGAGCUAGGUGAUCGUUCACAGAUUAGUAUUAUUGCCAUGGCAACUGACAGCGACUAUUGGUAUGUUAUUGCGGGUGCUGUUAUUGGUCAUGCCAUUUGCACUGGCCUAGCAGUGGUGGGUGGGAAAUUGUUAGCAACAAGAAUCAGCAUAAGAACAAUUACUCUUGCUAGUUCGUUGUUGUUCUUCAUCUUUGCUUUGAUGUAUAUAUAUCAAGCAUUCACAACCCAGGAUUGA